AUGAGCACUUUUGAAAAGGUGAUUAUUAUUGACGCCAAAGGUCACCUACUCGGACGUCUGGCUUCCAUCGUGGCCAAACAAAUUUUAUCUGGUCAGAGGAUUGUCAUUGUCCGUGCUGAAGCAUUAAAUGUGUCGGGAUCUUUCUUCAGGAAUAAGAUCAAGUACCACGAUUAUCUCCGUAAGCGGAUGGUUGUUAACCCAGCACGUGGUCCUUUCCAUUUCCGGGCUCCUUCCAAAAUCCUUUACAAGACUAUUCGCGGUAUGAUUCCACAUAAAACAUCUCGUGGUGCCGCUGCUUUAGGGCGUCUUAAGAUUUUUGAAGGAAUACCACCCCCGUACGAUAAACAAAAGCGUAUGGUUGUCCCUGAUGCACUGCGAGUUUUGCGACUGAAACCUGGUCGUAAAUACACAACCAUCUCUCGUCUUUCCAAAGAAGUUGGCUGGAAAUAUGAAGAAGUUGUUAAGAAAUUAGAGGAAAAACGUAAGGCAAAGAGUCAAGCAUUCUAUGAGCGUAAGAAGGAGCUGGCCAAAAUUCGAACUCAAGCUCUAAAAAGCAAAGGUGGUGAAUUGCAAAAUAUUCAACAAAAAAUUUCCACUUUUGGACUUUAA